AGUUAUCCCGCAGCUAACGACAGACACUGUGACAAAUUUACUACCAACUCACGCAAAACACAUGAAAACAAGAAACAAAUGGAGAAGGUUUACAGACUGCAUAUUUCAGCUUGGUUAUUCAGCCUCAUGGCAGCUGUAGUCACAGCUACAAGCAAACAACCUCCAAUGAUCACAAAGUUUGCACAAAAGGAUUUGGUCAAACCAGAUGAUGUAACUACAAUGACUGGCUUUAAGCUUCCCUGCGAGGCAUCCGGGACAAACUUAACUUGGACCUGGAAACAUAAUGACAAAGAGAUCAUCUACUUUUAUGGUAUACCUUAUUCCCUCAGUGAAGACGGCACUUUGAUUGGACAAUUUUUAUCAUCAAAACAUGGAGGAACUUAUCAGUGUUUCGUGAAGGACGAAGAAACUGGUGUUGAAGUUUUCAGUAGAAAGCUUCAAGUUGCCGUAACAGUUGUUGGAAAUUUUAUCAACAAAAAAGAUGUGGUGGAAAAGGUCGAUCUUGGACAGUCUUUCCAAUUUCGAUGCCCUCAGCAUACAGCAGGGUUCGGUGCAUUUUACAACUGGUUACAAAAUAAAUGGGACACCCAUUUUUCACGAAAUGAACGCCGAGGGAUUUCACCAGAUGGUACACUCUUUAUCACAUAUGUUACCCAGGAGGAUAUUGAUGAUAUCGACGAGUCUGAAGGAAUCAAGUGUCGAAUGACUGCUGGGAAUUCUUAUCAGAAUUCUGGAACAUUGAAACUUGAGAAGAACAAUCCAGAACAGUCAGACCCCAACACUAACAUUUUGCCUAGCUGGGCAGAGGUUCCCGAAAAAGAACAAAUGGCCAUAGAAGGAAAAAGUAAAACCCUCUAUUGUAUGGCUUAUGGAAAACCGCCACCCACCAUAACUUGGAAGAAAAAUGGACGACAGAUUGUCUCUGGGCAGAAUUCCUUUGAGAUCCCAAGCCACUACCAUGGAAGACUUCUGACCAUCACUAAUGUGAGCAAGACAAUUCAUCAAGAUGUGUACACUUGUGAGGCUACAAAUUCUCUGAGUAAUGAUCAGCCGUUAAUUCGCACCAUCAACUUGGUAGUGAAAGGUAACUAGCUUUUGUUAUGCAUGUACUUGGGGCUCCUCUAAUACUUGAACGUUUACUUGACUUUCAACGUGAAGUAUUCGAAUGAUUUGCACUCGGAAAAAACGAGGCAUAAUAAACAGUACCUGUUUAAGUGCGGUCGAUAGCUUUUAUUGGAAUGGUCGUACUCGAAGGAUUCAUGCACAAACGAACAAUCUUGC